AUGAGCAGCAGAACUUCCAGACGGUCAAUAUCUCCGAAGGACAACAUUGCCAACCAAGAUGAUCAACACAACCUCACAUGGAUCAUGAUCACCAAUCCACACCAAUCCAAAGACAAGGACAUGAUGAGGAACGUUCGCAUACAAGUCAUGAACGACUACCUCACCAAGGAACGCAGAAACCCGCACAGUACCGAUGCUCGCGUACGACAUACCGUGAAACGCUCAAGGACUAAAGCAGAGUCUUUGGGUGAUACAGAGUCGACGGUGCUGGCGCCAUGUGCAGCUUACGACCCACCAGUGGCAGGCAUUGGUGCAAAAUUGGACGUCUUCAAUGCGACUCCGAAGUUUGACGGAGAACACAUCGAUGUUCUCAUGCUAAAACACAACUCCAUGUGCAAGAAAUGGGUGCCAAUGUUGUUCGCCGGUCGCGCAGCAUUCCUCAGCACAUUAUGCAUCUCGUCCGCCUACCUCGAUAUGAUGCAGAUGGACUUCACAGUUGCGCGGACCGCGAACUCGAUCGAAUCCGUACGAACGCUCACGGUCAGGGAACAGACGGUGAAACUGAUCGGUGAGCGUCUGUCCGACCCAGAGACUUGCUGCAACGAUGCAAACAUAGUCUCGGUCGUACAUUUGCUAUUUGGUGAGAUGAUUGUGGCGGGCAGUCAGGCCUUGCAGUGGCACGAGGAUGGACUGCACACAAUGGUAGAAUACAGNGGAGGCCUGGAAAAUCUAGGCGGUAAUGGUCUCUUGGCUGCCAUGGUCACCAUGUAA